UUUCCCAAUUCUGAUAUGUAUAUGAAUCUAUCUAUUUUUUUAUAGUUACCUAACUUUAUCACGAAAUGCGCAAUAACGUAUGUUAAUAUAAUUAGAAAUAAAUUUUUAAUUUUUGACGUUAAAUAUUAUAAAUGAUAUGUUUUGAUGUGAUACGUAUGUAUGUGUACCUGUGAGUGUGUAUGUAUUUGUAUGUAUCUGUUAUGAUUCAGAGAGAUAACAGAAUCGGAGAGUUAUCUUCAGUUAUUUCCGAAGACUCGAACGAGAAGGUUUCCACUGCGACUUGGAAACUAUAUAAAAGAAUCUUAAGCGAGAGCGAAGAUACAUAUAGAAAAUAAAAUAAUCUCACAUUCGCUUUAGUUAUCAACGGAAAAUUAUAUCCUAUAAAUCAACGAUUAACAAUACGCGAGUGAGAUUGAAAUUGCUAAAUAAUAUUGUGAACAAAGCUGUUAAAUUACAUUUACAAACUUUGUCCUACAUAUCGUUGUUCCUACUUUUCCUAUUUUAUAACUAAAAAAAGGAUGGAAAACGUAAUGAGUGAUAAUGCGGCAAAAGAUAUUGAAAAAACAAUAAAGCAGGGACGUUUCCGUUUUGCGAUGAAAUGUCUGCAUAAAGUUAUGGAAGUCAAUCCAAAUAGAAAUUUGGUCUUCAGUCCGCCUUGCAUAUAUAAUGCACUUUUUCUGACACAUUUUCUGAUUAAAGGUGCAAUUGAGGAGCGCUUAAAAUUGAUUCUUUGUUUAGGGAUUUUCAGCAAAACAGAUUUUAUGAACUAUUGUUCUUACAAAAAAAGCAAAGGGGAAAUAUGGAUGCUCAAUUCCGAGAAUUGCAUCAAUGACGUUAGAUGUUGGAUUAACCAUAAUUUAGAGGAUUUUCCACCUAAAGUAGCUAAGACAAUAUCUUAUUUAUUUGAGGAGCCAAUCAUCAGCCUAGAAAUAUGCAAAACUUGUAAGCAGACAAAAAUAAAUAACAUUAAUCGAUUAUUAAAGAAAUCGGUAGAUGGAUUCAUUAAUGAGCCCGUGAGAUUACCUGAUGACGAACAAGAUAUUAUUCUGAUGACCUCUAUCUCUCACAAAUUCCAAAAUUUGUCGGCCAGUAAUACUAUUGUACAACAGAGGGAUUAUCGAGUUAUAAGCUAUUUCAAUCAUGAAUUGAGCAUUCACGUGACCGAUGUACCCUACCAGCAUGAAAGCAUUUCGCUGCUUAUGUUCUCACCUGCGUCGAUAAUCUCAGGUGUAUGGAAGAUCAUUGAAAACAUCAGCCAUUCUGACUUUUUAAAUUUCACCAAACAAUUGUCGACCAUGAAUGGAAUCAGUAAAUUGCGCAAACUGUUAAGAGACCUUGAUGCAUCACGAAAACAAAAUUCUACGAACUCUCAGCAAUUUUUGCCCUUCGAGGUGGAGAAAAAUCUGACAAUCCUCGAGCUUCUGGAAGCACUUAAAGUCGAACAAUUGUUAACGUACGAACUGGAUGUUAUAUCAGGGAAGAGCAGUGUGCAAAUCCGCAAUGCCGUGCAUCGGUCUCACAUCAAGGCCGCAAGGCGUGAAGUGAUCGUAGGUGCGAUGACCUUGAUUAACAGCAAAGGAGAAAACUCCCCAUCGGACUUCAAAAUAAUCGACGUAAGUUGUAAUAAUCCGUUCGUCUGGAUGAUCUAUGACUUAAAACAUCAAGAAAUUCUUUUUAUCGGCGCUUGUAAUAGUGCCGAGACCAAUUGUCAAAAUAUAUCGAUGAAUAUAGAUCAGGCAAGUCCAUUAAACAGUCCGCAAGCAAAGAAGCCGCGGUCUGAAUAUAGUUAAGAACUUUAAAAAACUGUAGAUGUUUAGAAAAAUAGUAUUUUGUUAAUUCUUUAAAUAUUUAAAACAUGCGACCUUCAGUUUGCAAAAUAGUUAAUGCGACUUAUGAUAUAAAAACGAGUUUGUCAUUCCUGAUAAAGAUUGAGUUUAAAAUUACACAAAUCAGUUAUAUACACUAUGAAACGAUCGAUGCAACAGAUCUGUAGUUACUACAUAAUGUUUUGUAAUUGUGAACGUUUUUACUUCCUCCUAUACAAUUCCACAUUUUAAUUAUUUGGAUCGACAUGUAUUAUAUUUGUGCGCAAUCUAUGUACAACUUCUGUUAAAAAUUCGGAGGCUAAUGAAAUAAUACUUUGGUUAGUUGAAUUUAAUGUAUGCAUGCAAUAAAUUUAUAAUAUUCUAAAAAUAAAAACCAGAAAGCUCGUAUUUUAUAAAGUUGUUUGUUUAAAAAACAGAUAAUUAAAUCUUUCUUUCUCAAA